AUGAGACUGAGAAUGGAUAUCGCUGAUUUAAAUCUUACUGACUUGUUCGUUGCUGAGAAGCGAGAUCAGAAACAGCAACAACAGGAGGACGCGACAGUAUCUUCUACAGCUCAUAUUGGUUAUGAUGAGAGACUCGAAAAUCUAUGGGCUAGGAACGUUACUGUCAUUUUCCCGACCAUCUGCAUUGAUAGCAACAUGUUGUCAUCAUCGUUGUGA